GUCUCUGGUGUGUUCCUGAGCUGCUCUCUGCAGAGUGGAGCUCUCUCAGCUGGACUUCCUGUCUUUCUCUCUCUCUCUCUGUCUCUCUCUCUCUCUUUCCCUCUCUGUCUCUCUCUCUCUCUCUCUCUCCACUUUCUCAGAGCUUCUUUCCUCGUCUCCGUCAUGGCGAAGCCGCUGAGCGACCAUGAGAAGCGCAAGCAGAUCAGCGUGCGCGGUAUCGCGGGACUCGGGGACGUGGCUGAGAUCAAGAAGAGCUUCAACCGGCACCUGCACUUCACGCUGGUGAAGGACCGGAACGUGGCCACGCCGCGGGAUUACUACUUCGCCCUGGCGCACACGGUGCGCGAUCACCUGGUGGGCCGCUGGAUCCGCACCCAGCAGCACUACUACGAGAAAGACCCCAAGAGGGUCCACUACCUGUCUCUGGAGUUCUACAUGGGCAGAACCCUGCAGAACACUAUGAUUAACCUCGGCCUGCAGAACGCCUGCGAUGAAGCCAUUUACCAGCUUGGCCUGGAUCUGGAAGAGCUGGAGGAGAUCGAGGAGGACGCUGGACUGGGAAAUGGUGGACUGGGCCGGCUUGCAGCCUGUUUUCUGGACUCGAUGGCGACUUUGGGUUUGGCGGCGUAUGGUUACGGCAUUCGCUACGAGUUUGGAAUCUUCAACCAGAAAAUCUCCAACGGUUGGCAGGUGGAGGAAGCUGAUGAUUGGCUGCGCUAUGGUAACCCCUGGGAGAAGGCCCGCCCUGAGUACAUGCUCCCAGUGCAUUUCUAUGGCCGGGUGGAGCACACGGAGGAGGGGCCUAAGUGGGUGGACACUCAGGUGAUCCUGGCGAUGCCGUACGACACUCCUGUCCCCGGCUUCAAGAACAACACCGUUAACACCAUGAGACUCUGGUCUGCCAAAGCACCCAAUGACUUCAACCUUCAAGAAUUUAAUGUUGGAGACUACAUCCAGGCUGUGUUGGACAGGAACCUGGCGGAGAACAUCUCCCGAGUGCUUUAUCCCAACGACAAUUUUUUCGAGGGUAAGGAGCUACGUCUUAAGCAGGAGUAUUUUGUGGUGGCAGCCACUCUACAGGACAUCAUCCGACGCUUUAAAUCCUCCAAGUUCGGCAGCAGAGACUACGUCCGCACUUCCCUGGAGAACUUUCCGGAAAAGGUUGCGAUCCAGCUGAAUGACACACACCCUGCUCUGGCCAUUCCUGAGCUCAUGAGGGUCCUCCUGGACGUGGAGAAACUGCCCUGGGAAAAGUCAUGGGACAUCACCACCAAGACGUGUGCGUACACGAACCAUACAGUUCUCCCAGAGGCUCUGGAGCGUUGGCCCGUCUACAUGUUUGAGAAACUCCUGCCCAGACACCUGCAGAUCAUCUAUGAGAUCAACCAGCGUCACCUGGACAGAAUAUCAGCACUGUAUCCAGGGGAUACGGAUCGUCUCCGCAGGAUGUCACUAAUCGAGGAGGGCGAGCCCAAGAGGAUAAACAUGGCUCAUCUGUGUGUGGUGGGAUCGCACGCUGUCAACGGAGUCGCUCGCAUCCACUCUGACAUCGUCAAAACCACAGUUUUUAAGGACUUCUGCGACAUUGAGCCGGAGAAGUUUCAGAACAAGACGAACGGCAUCACCCCUCGCCGCUGGCUCCUGCUCUGUAACCCCGGCCUGGCUGACGUCAUCGCCGAGAAAAUCGGUGAGGAUUUCCUGAAGGACCUGUACCAGCUGAGGAAGCUGCUGGACUACAUUGAUAAUGACGUGUUCAUCAGAGACGUGGCCAAAGUCAAACAGGAGAACAAGCAGAAGUUAGCUGCGUAUCUGGAGAAGACGUACAAGGUUCAGAUCAAUCCAGAGUCCAUCUUUGACAUUCAGGUGAAGAGGAUCCACGAGUACAAGCGGCAACUGCUGAACUGCCUGCACAUCAUCACCUACUAUAACCGGAUCAGAAAGGAGCCGAGCAAGAAGUUUGUACCCAGAACAGUCAUGAUCGGGGGCAAGGCAGCGCCCGGGUACCACAUGGCUAAAAUGAUCAUUAAGCUGAUCACCUCGGUGGCAGACGUGGUCAAUAACGACCCGGUGGUGGGCGACCGGCUGAAGGUGAUCUUCCUGGAGAACUACAGAGUCUCACUGGCUGAGAAAGUGAUCCCAGCAGCAGACCUGUCCGAGCAGAUCUCCACUGCCGGCACGGAAGCUUCCGGAACAGGCAACAUGAAGUUCAUGCUGAACGGCGCCCUCACCAUCGGCACCAUGGACGGCGCUAACGUGGAGAUGGCUGAGGAGGCGGGAGAGGAGAACCUGUUCAUCUUCGGCAUGAGGGUGAAGGACGUGGAGGCCCUGGACCGCAAAGGCUACAACGCUCGUGAGUACUAUGACCGCUUGCCGGAGCUCAGACAGGUGAUCGAUCAGAUCUACACAGGCCACUUCAGCCCCAAAGAGCCAGAGCUGUUCAAGGAUGUCGUCAACAUGUUGAUGAAUCAUGACCGGUUCAAGGUAUUUGCAGAUUAUGAGGCUUAUAUCAACUGUCAGGAGAAGGUCAACAACCUCUACAAGAACCCUAAAGAAUGGACCAAGAAGGUGAUCAGAAACAUCGCCAACUCUGGAAAAUUCUCCAGCGAUCGCACCAUCUCCGAGUACGCUCGUGAGAUCUGGGGGGUGGAGCCUACAGAUCUGAAGAUCCCACCGCCCAAUGAGCCUCGAGACUGAGGCGGGGCUUACAUGGUGGACUGGCCAGUGACUUGAUACAUACUCUGUUCCUUCAUUCUUUAAUACUGUAGGUGUGAUUAGUUCUGUUUGGUCACAAGGUUAUGAUUGACAGAUUGAGGAUCUUCCACUUUCCAUAGCCAAUAGAUUAUCCAGUGUAUGUUCAGCCAUGCCUAUCUUUCCCUCCCCUCUUUAGCACUGUAUGUGUGUAAUAUGUAAAACCCUCCAGCUUUCCGUGCCUUAUCCAUCAGCUUUGAGUGAAAUACGCUGUUAUAUUCACAAAAUAUCGUUGUGCCUGGAACCUAGAAAGGACACAAUGUGAUUUCUUGUGUAUUGUGAAAUUUAAGGACAGUUUUAUACACACAAGUGAGGAUAAUGCUUUCUCUGAGGAAAAACUGUGCUUUUUUUGUGCCUACUGUAUGCAAUUCUACAAAAGUACAAAAGGAAAAUGAAAUAAAUGUAUUAAAUUGUGACCUAGCAACUGCAACGAGAACAUAUUUAGCUCUGCUAGCAAUUAUGCUACUUAGCACGGUUAGCAAUUAGCACUUUAGAUCAUGUGCAGUGGUUAGCAUUAAGCAUAUCUUGGUUCUAGCAUUUUGGAUAUCAUUUAGCACAGUUGGCAAUUAGGAGAUGCUAGCUCAUGUGUUAUGAUUAGCAUGGAUGCUGUCAUCAGUGAUGCACUGUACACAUCUGUCCCUGUUCAAUUUUUUUUUUAUAAUUAUAGAUUAUAAUUCUGUAGUUAAUGAUUCAGCACUUUUCUUCAGAGCGCUACUGAAUUGCACUGCACUUAGCUAAUGGAGACGCUAGCUAAUCUUCAUUUAGACCUUAACUCCAGGCUUACAAGGUUGUUUACAUUGUUCUUAUAAAACCUAUAAUGUCCAGCAUCAAAUGUCACUCCAGCGGAACAUUAGAAAGGGAACAAAACAACAUUUUUACAUUUAAAUCAGGGACGUGUUUAUGCAUCCUGCUUUAGUGUGUGUGCGUGUGUGUGUGUGUGUAAACAAGCCUCUUGCAAUGAUCAUAAUCAAAUUUUGAAUAAUAUACGUGUAUGUGUCUUAAUGGAUUGUUGUGUGUUCUAUCAGAUUGUGUAUUCACACCCUUUACAUGAGCACUGUGCAAAAUAUUUGACACGUUUGUGUUCAGUUUAAAGAAUAAAGCUGUUUAAAAGACAAA